AUGGCCGGCACCGCAUCCUCUCACGCUUGCUCCGCGCCGCUCCUUCCUUCCAUCAGUUCGGAUCCGGUGCGCGCGUCCCCAACCCCUGAUGGCUCUCACGCCGCACCCGCCACUCCAGCUCCGCGCGCACCCCCCGUGGUCGCCGCGGCCCACCAGCGCCGUGCGCUCCUCUCACCGCGCCACACUCGCUCCUGCCGUUGCUGCGCCGGCGCCGACGUGGGUAAGGUGUGGGCGAGGCGGGCGUACCCGUACGACGAGAUUGAGCCGAGGUGGCAGGCGCUCUGGGAGGAGCACCCCGGACGCCUCCAGGCCCAAGGGCUACAUCCUCGGCAUGUUCUCUUACCCAAGCCACUGCCAAGCGUCCCAGCUGCCAAGUCCCACGCGUCCACUUAUGUGCUUGGAUGUUGGAACAAUUGGCUACAUCGAUCCGAUGUGUACAGCUCCGGUAUCGUCCUUCUGGAGUUGCUCAAAGGGAUGAAGACCGUCGACAACGAUUGCAAUUUGCACCAGUUGAUAAUGUGCACGGACAUGGGGCUGGUCCAGAAGGUGUUCCAGCUGGCCCUGCUGUGCACCAAGCAGCACCCCAUUGACCGGCCGAGGAUGCACGAGGAGGCCCGGGUGCUGCUCUGGCUCAUGCCGGCCCCUGCCGUCUAG